AUGGUCGGUCCAACAAUACAAGAUGAUCUUUAUUCUUUAAUAAUCCGUUUUCGCUUUCACAAUUACGUGCUCAUAGCAGACAUUGAGAAAAUGUACAGACAGUUCUUAAUUCGCGAAGAAGAUCGGCAGUAUCAAAGGAUUUUGUGGCCUAAAAAUGAUCAGAUAUUAGAAUAUUGUCUAAAUACGGUUACUUUUGAGUUUGAUCCAUCGUAUAUUUUAGCCAUACGGUGCUUGCAUCAAUUAGUUGAGGAUGAAGGUCAUGAUUUUCCUUUCGCGGCGAGUAUAUUGAAAAGGGAUUUGCAUGUGGAUAAUCUCAUUACUGGAGCUAACACAUGUGAAGAGGCGCGAGAGAUUUAUGAUCAAAUGACUAAACUCUUAAGUCGAGCUCAACUAAACAUGCGACAAUAA